AUGCCGCCGGCCUACGAGUUUCGGGGCAAUGACCGACGGUCUAACAAUCACCAUCACCCCAGGCAUGAGUUUACCUUUCGUUAUGCGCGUCCCUCGACAUCCGAACGCCCGCUCUUGAGAUCGCGCCGAGAAGUGACCCCCGACCAGCUGCGCGCCCCCGGAUCGACGGACGAAAAACCAGCCUUGAAGUUCGCGCGUCUUGAGAACCUGAGCGAUAGCGAGGAGGCCGAUAUGGAUGUUUCCUCAGCGGAUGAGGACGAGGCCGCGCAUCCGCGCAAAAAGCGCGCUGUGGACACCAACGGCACCGGAACCGCGACGGCUGCGCCAGCGCCAGCUCCAGCGCCCAUCCCCAAGUGGUCUAACCCCGAUCCAUACACUGCCCUGCCACCGCCCGAUGAGACUACCUCGAAACGUGUGGAUGUCGUCAAGUUGAUUCGCAAGGCCCGUAUCGCUGCGACUGCGGCACAGCCGGCAGAGGACCCGGUGAAGUCCAAUGAAGACUUUAUCUCCUUGAGUGGCAUGGUGGACGAUGACGACGAUAAGCAAAACCCUCCGGAUGGCGCGCCCACUGGACCACGGCGCCAAAUGGAUGGCAGGGACUCAGCGUUUGGGAGCCGGAAGAGAACAUAUGAUGACGAGAUUAAGGGUACUUCGAAAAAGACCGGGAAGCCAUUAAGCAAAUACUACGACGACGGUUCGAUCAUCGACGAAUGGAGAGCGCGCCCGUCAGAGAAUGGAACCCCAUGGCUGGGCCGCAUGGAACCUAGCCUGCACCUGGGCACACGGCUGCACAAUGAAAUGCUUAGCUUCUAUCAUUGGGUGAAGCCGGUGUACUACGAACAGAUUGUGCGAGAGGACUUGGUGGCGAGGCUGCAGUCUGCCUUCCAAAGCAGGUACUAUGGGGUGCAGCUUCGUCCCUUUGGCUCUUUCGCCUCUGGUCUCUAUCUACCCACUGCCGAUAUCGACCUGGUUCUGCUCUCAACAAACUUCAUGCGCAGUGGCAUCAAGACUUUCGGAGAGCGGAAGGGCCAGAUCUAUGCUUUCUCUGCAUUUAUCAAGAACCUGAACAUUGCAGUCCCCAAUUCGAUCGAGGCGAUUGCCCAUGCUCGCGUGCCGAUCCUGAAAUUCGUGGACAAGAUGACGGGCCUGAGGGUGGACCUGUCGUUUGACAAUGAUAGCGGGCUGGUGGCCAACGAGACGUUCCAGCAGUGGAAGGCCGAAUACCCUGCCAUGCCUGUGGUCGUGUCGGUCAUCAAGCAAUUUCUACUGCUUCGAGGUCUCAACGAAGUACCCACCGGCGGGCUGGGAGGGUUUUCGAUCACCUGUCUCGUGACGAGUCUCUUGCAGCACCUACCGCACGGCCAUACGACACCAAACCUGGGCAGCAUUCUCAUGGAUUUCUUUGAAUUCUAUGGCAAUCGGUUCGAUUACGACACCGUGGGGAUCCGUUUGGAUCCUCCGGGCUACUUUAACAAGAAAAUCUAUCAGCAGUCGAACAACAACCCCCGCCUCUCCAUCGAGGACCCCAACAAUGCAGACAACGACAUCUCUGGUGGCACGCGAGAGAUUGCGUUGAUUUUCAGAGCCUUCUCGGAUGCGUACCGGCGUCUCAAGGCGCGCAUGGUCUCUACGGCCAUGUCGGGAACACCGGAGGCCAGCAUCCUGGACACUAUCAUUGCCGCAAACUAUGAUGAGUAUGCUGAACAAAGGUGGCAGCUGCGUGAAAUCUUUGACAGCGACCCUCGAUUCGCUCGCCUGCGUCGGCCCUCCUCGCCCCCGCUACCUCCCCAAGCACCCCCUCCUCCUGUCGCCACUGCACCUCCGCCGCCUCCCGUGCGUUCAAACUCCCCUCCGACCGGGCCAAAAUCCCGCGCGCAGCGAGAAAAGGCAACCAAGCAGCAGAAGAAACAACAAGCGGCGCGGGAGCGUGCGGCUCGCCUCAAACGACUGCGGCCCGACAUACCGUCCAUCCCCUAUUCCAUCAACAAUGACCAGGCUCUGAGUCUCGGAGGUUAUGCGACACAGUCCGAUAUGGACAGAGACCUCAUCAUGCGAGAGAAGGGGCUCGCGGCACCCUCGUAG